AUGUGGGGAUUAGUUUUGAUUUUCGCUUUAUUGGUUCUGGCGCUGGAUCGCAUUCCGGCAUUCUGGCAGUACUUUUCCCGCGCCCUGAUUUGUCGUACUCAUCGUUCUCGCUUCGUCCUCAUGGAAUCCAUAUCGACUGUCGAAGGAGAUGCUUUCAAGCGUCUUCUUAAGAACUAUCGAUUGGAUGUACGCCUCGACGUGGUCUGA